GGCAUGUAAAUGACAGCUAAAAACACACCAUCAGUACUUUUUGGAUUGCGACAAACUACACUCGAGGAAGGAUUUUUUGGAGGUAUUGUGUUUCUCUUUCAUGUUAUACUGAUAGCUCAUCGCGUUCGCGGUCAUGUGGAGACUACUUCCAGCUUAUCGACUAUGGAAGCCACUGGUAAACUUGUCUACACCUGCUUGAUGUCCCUUUAAAGCCACAUGCAUCAAUACUAGCCCAACACUCGAGGAGCUUUCAGUUUGCACCGAAGGUAGGGAGAAUCAUAUGGUCAGCCUUGAUGAACAGGGGGACGCUAACUGGAGAGGUGAACCACUGGAAAACCUACGUAUAUCGACUGGGAACCUCCCCCCAAUGACGCCCAGUACUGAUCACAAGAUAUUUUUCAAAUGUUCUAAAGGUUCUCCGAAAUUUCCUCUGGUACCUCAUCCAAGCAACUUGGUCGACAAAUGGUCUAGCGGCUUUGUCCGUUUGCCAUGCUCACCUGAGAGUCUCUAUCCUCUUUAUGAAAAUGGGCGAAAGACUAUUGUUUCACGUUGGGCUUUGAUUGAAAAUUGUCUGAGACAACGGGUCACUUCAACGACUGAAUUAAAAGAAGCGAUUCUGUCAUACAACUCAAGGUUCAGCAACCUGUGGAGCUUCAACGUUUUACACUCCAUAUGUCAACAAGCACUUCUUCCCGAUGGCGACGAACAGUACUUUUUCAAUCACACCUUGCCAGCGAUGUGUGCUCUUGCCCUCAACUUACCCGUUUUUCUCACUGAGCCCAUUCCUUUGAUGCAACGUGGUCGCGAUUGGUCUUUCACUUUCAGUCAACUUCAAAUCGCCAGUCUUUUGGCCAACGCGUUUUUCUGCACCUUUCCUCGUCGCAAUAGCCGCUCCCGUACUGCGGAGUUUGCUAACUAUCCAGACAUCAACUUUUGCAAUCUCCUAUCCACUUCAGCAACAGACUCAAAUUUCUCCGGGAGCUGUCGCAAAAUUGAAAAGGUUCGCUGUUUGCUUCAUUACUUCCAUCGCGUCACUCAGCGCACUCCUUCUGGGACAGUAACGUACACCCGACGUUGCCUGGGAUCUCGCGUACCCGACUGGGCGGAAAGCUCACGAUCGUUUGACCAAUUGCGCGUCCAUAUUAGUGCGAAAAGCACCAUCGAAGACGCGGGCCCGAAUACACUUCAGAUCGACUUUGCCAACCAAUUCCUCGGUGGUGGUGUCUUGCGGACCGGUUGUGUACAGGAGGAGAUUAUGUUUGUUCUACGACCAGAGCUGUUGGCCACUUGCCUGUUUGUGGAACGGUUGGGAGCAGAAGAGACUGUGAUUGUUGAAGGUGCCGAAACUUACUCAACCUCCGCGGGAUACGCCGAUACCUUCCGGUGGACUGGCGACUUUCAGGAGUCAUCUUCGGGCACUGAACGUGAUGAAUGGGGACGGUGGAGAUCCGUAGUGGCUGCUAUGGAUGCCACCAACUUUCGAUUUGCUAAGGGCCAGUUCCGACCCGAACGAAUCCUCAGGGAAUUGAACAAGGCUUAUUGCGCAUUCACAGAUGACCUUGCGCCACGUCGCAAGUUACCACCAAUUGUUUCUACCGGCAACUGGGGUUGCGGAGCUUUCCGAGGGAACUUGGACUUGAAAGGUCUCAUCCAGAUGAUCGCUUGUCUUCAAGCCGGAAAGUCAUUGGUGUACUCAACGUUCGGCGAUCAGGCGUUUUGUAAUCGUCUGUAUGACAUAUAUCAGUUCUUGUCUUCUCGUAAAGUCACCAUCGGCCGCCUGUGGAAUAUCCUUACGACGCUGGACGAAUCGGUACAUGCAGAACCGUCUUCUUUUUUCGACCAUCUGAAGAGCCGUCUCUCUUGUUCAUCAUCAUUGGAGCAACAGGACCCCCUAACACCGACAGAAUGAGAUUUUCUUCAUUAUCAUCGUAUCUUCUCCCUAUUUUGAUAUCUCUGACGAAACCUUGCCUGCGCCGAACAUGUUCUAUCUUCAAACACAGAAAUUGCUGUUUAUCA